GAGGAGGCCCCAGGGAAGACCUAGGACACGCUGGAGGGACUAUGUCUCUCGGCUGGCCUGAGAAUGCCUCGGUAUUCCCCCCGGAAGAGCUGGAGGAAGUGUCUGGAGAGAGGGAAGUCUGGGCCCCCGGAUAAGCGUACAUCAGUCCGUCCAACCUCCUCCCCUGCCAUCGGAUCCAACUUACCACCAGUUCCUGUAUCAGUUGUCAUUACUGCAGAGGUGAAGAGUAAUCAGACUGCUGUUCUGCCCUGUGAUCAGACGUGUUCUCAUCAGGUCACAUGGUCUCAGUUCACUAACGCAGGUUAUGUAGUGGCUCAGUGUAAUCAGACAUCCUGCAGGUCAGCAGAAGGAUUUAACAUCUCCCAUGAUCAGUAUCUGAAGGGAGAUCUGACCCUCAACAUCACUGCAGCUGAUGACAGUAAGAGGAACAUAUACACGUGUGAGUGUGAUGGCAAAUACGUUAAUGAUGUGCGUCUCAGCAUCGAGUACAUCAGAUCACGGGUUCAUGUGAAUCCUGGUGAAGAUCUACAGCUGAAUUUGCACAUAUCAGACCAAGUGGAGGUGAUCUUUAAACACAGAAAUUCAACAGAUCCACAUGGUGUACAGAUCUGCAGUGUGUAUAAAAGCUCACUAAACUGUACAGCUGAAUACACACAGAGAACAUCACUCACUAACACACUUCUUACACUAAGAGGAUUCAAGAGAACUGAUGAUGGAGUUUACAUCGUCAGAGACACGAAGUAUAACGAGAACCUUCAGUACUCAGUAACAGUAAGAGAUCAGCACAAAGAUCAGGAGUCUGCUCUACCAGUGUGGGCGAUCGUCCUGAUGGUGGUGUUGGUACUUCUGGUUUCUUUCUUCGUCAAACAUAAGCGACAUCCAUGUGCCCAAACACUUCCAGUUUAGUCUCAUCAGACCAAAGCACAGACUCCCAAAACUCAUCUUUACCUUUCGUAUGUUCACCGGAAAACCUCAGUCUGGCUGUGAUGUGCCGCUGUUUGAGUAAAGGGGUUCUUCUGGAUCGAUGGCUCUGAAGCCCACCACGAUGAAGAGCCCUCACAACUGUUUUCCUCAAAACAUUAACUCCAAAAGAAGCCAGGUCAGCAACAAUCAUCUUGGCAGAUGUCUGGGGCAUCUUGCUGACAUCUCUGACUAUUUUCCUCUCCAGAGUUCUUGAAAUCUUGUGCUUACGACCACACCCAGGUUUGUUUCUUACAGAAUUUGUCUCCUUGUACUUGGCAUUGAUGCAACGUACAGCGGUUCUAGACACUGUCAAAUGCUUGGAAAUGGCAGUAUAGCCUUCCCCGUUAUCAUGAGCCUCCAUUAUCUUCUUUCUGAGCUCAAAACUGAUUUCCUUUGUCUUUCUGUGUUUGGCAUGGUGAGUAAAAGUAGUAAUAAUGUGAUCGAUUGCCCUGCUCCUUGGAGUCCUUUUAUGCUGAUUGAAUGCCCAGGUGUUGUUAGGAAGCC